ACAUGGAGGAGGAAGGUGGGAAGAGCUGCAGCCAUCACAGAGGAAGGGAGGGGAGUGUGGAGCCAUGACACAGGCGACUUGAUCUUACGAAGCCUUCAGCAGGGAUCACCAAGCACAAUCCCUUCCUAAUACCAAGGUGAAGAUGAUUCGCCGGAUUCUGGAGAGGCCGUGCACCCUGGCGAUGCUGAUUGGCUUCCAGUUUGCCUUCAUGAUGUAUUUCUCGUUUGGUGGUCUGCGCAGCCUCGCCUCCAUUUUUGGUCGAACUCCAGAACCCAGUUUUGACUACAGCCACACCCAUGACGUCUACACCAACCUCACCCGAAUUCAAGCCACGCUUCAUCCUGGGACGCAAGAGGGCCUACUGCCGCCAUGGUGUCCGGAGAAAUCGCCGUACCUGGUGGGUCCGAUAACGGUAAUGUUCAGCCGGGUGCCGACCCUCCAGCGCAUACAAGAGAAGAACCGGCUGGUGGUACGGGGAGGUAUAUACCGGCCACCGAACUGCGAGUCCCGCCAUCGCACGGCUAUCAUCAUCCCGCACAGGAACCGAGAGUUACACCUGAGACACCUGCUGUACUACCUGCACCCCUUCCUGCAGAGACAGCAGCUGCACUACGGAAUUUACAUCAUCCACCAGGCUGGGAACGCCACUUUCAACCGGGCAAAGCUGUUGAACGUCGGUGUGAAGGAGGCCAUGCGGGACGAGGACUGGGACUGCCUUUUCCUCCAUGACGUUGACCUCAUCCCCGAGAACGACCACAAUCUUUACAUAUGUGAUCCCUGGAGCCCUAAACACGCCUCAGUGGCCAUGAACAAGUUCAGCUACAGCCUCCCGUACCCGCAGUAUUUCGGGGGGGUCUCCGCCCUCACCCCGGAACAAUACAUGAAGAUGAAUGGCUUUCCCAACGAAUAUUGGGGGUGGGGAGGAGAAGACGAUGACAUUGCCACCAGGGUUCGGCUGGCCGGGAUGAAGAUUGCACGACCGCCGGUAUCGGUCGGACAUUACAAGAUGGUGAAGCACAAGAAUGACAGAGGCAACGAAGAGAACCCGCACAGGUUUGACUUGCUCAUCCGAACCCAACGGAUGUGGACUCAAGACGGCAUGAAUUCUCUGACCUACACCCUGCUGUCUAAAGAACAGGAGCCACUCUACACCAACAUCACUGUGGACAUCGGGGUGGACCCCCGGUCGCAGAAGCCACUACGGAUGCGCGGUCCCACCCCUCCGCCGGCUCAGCCUCGGAACAAUGUGACCACCAACCAGUCCACUAGAGGAAAACUCACCGUGGUUGUCCAGUCAUCCCUCAACAACUCUGCGGCUUUGGAUGACAGCAAGAAGGCAUUGGCGGCCAUUGUAAACGACCCAAAAAGACUUAAGCGGGAAGACAAGGGGCCAAGAACCACCACAGGCCCAAGCAAAAUGAAGGCGGUGGUCCAUGGUGCCGAAAGUCCCGCCAUCUUCAAGCCACCCCAAGAGGCCCCUAUAAAGAGAAAGCCCCAUGGUGUCAAACUGGAGCCAGUGAAGGCUGAGAGGCCGCUGAACCAAACUUUGCGAAGUAGGCCUCCGACGCUCGAGAGGCAAGCCAAGAAGAACCCAACGCAACUUUGAGAACGGUUUACUAUUGGUUGCUGGCAACUUGAGGGAAGACCAGCUGGAUGAUUCUUCUGUUUCUUGGCCUGGGUACGUUGGGUCGAAGGGAUUAGAGACCACCUUUGCCAGUGUGUUCAAGAAGCGGCCGGUCUGAGGAACCGAGCUGUCUGAACGGCGGCAGGACUUGGUCCAAGGCAUUGAAAGACCUUCAUGUAGAGUCCCCAGUGUGUUUUCAGGGCCUUGGGAGUGCA